AUGAUUUAUUUCUGUUACAGGAUGGCCACUUUUGAUCAGCUGUAUGAGAGAUGCUUCAAAAAUGUGUCUCUUGUGAAAAUCAGCAACGCCAACGCUAAAGAAAAGGUGGAAUCCCUCACUGUCAAGAGCGAUGUAAAUUAUCCUUUGUUUGUAGAGCGAUGAGAGCGUUUUUGUCACGUUGGACCACGUUUUCACUCUGAGUAAAUAUGUGGUUUUUUUGUUGACAUCUUCUUCCCGGAGUAGUGAGAUUUCUUCGAAAAUCGAGCACCUCGUAAAUCUCAAGAAUGAAAAAGAUGACAAAAUACAAAAGUGAGUUUCGAUUUGUUAGCUGGUUGUAUUCAAGACUCAUCGAGAAAUCAAUCGAAGGAUAAUGAACGUAGAUGAACGCAUUUUUUCUUAACAGGAAAAUUGCUUGAUUUCAGCUCACCAACGCGUCUUCGGCGACUAUUUAGCUUGAAAAAAAAGAGCAAAAAAGAAGAAAAAUUGUCGUGUGUAUCGGUAGUCGUUAUCGACGCAGAAGGCCACGAUUCUGAUGACAUUUCGAAAAUCGCACGACCUGGUUGGUACGUCUAUGUUCCUCAAUCAUCCUCUGUUACGGUGAGCUCAAUUUUCGAUACUUUGAUGCGUAAUAUCCGUUUUAGAGCCGCCUUUUGCGCACUCUUGGUUUCGAAUUCUCUCCGUCUGUUGUCGUGAUCGAAUGUGUUAGCCGCGAAGUCACUUCCCGGGAAGGCCGAAGGCUUCUCAACGAAGACGAACACGGGAAAUCCUUCCCUUGGUUAGUGUCUUGCUCUGAAAGCGAGAAAGUCUUCACGAGAGCAAAUGUAAUAAAGAAAAAAGGACAGAUGUGUGUGUUGCAGGUGGCCUCCUUCUUCCUCAAGUCUUCUCGAGGGCACUCUUGUCUCAAAAGGAGGCGUCCAGAAGGACUUUAAGGACGUCAGGGAGUCAGUUCGUGGCUACUUUUUCGGAGCAUUUUGGGUUGAAACCUUGGAAAGGAGAAUUUUUUACUCUGGAUUUCUAGUGUCCACCAGCUCGUCAGUGGGUGAAGCAAUUGAUUCCGGUCUAUGAAAAGCUGAGAAGUAAAGGAAUUUCGCUGGAGAUCGUUUUCUGUUCUUCAGACAGGACAGUCGAUGGUUUCAAUCAGUUUUUGGAUCAGGUGAGGAGGCUCCUCCGAAUUUUGAUUGAAUUUGGUCGAAUUUAUUUGGUUUAGAUGCCAUGGCCAGCUUUUUCUUACGAUCCAGCAAAAACUAGCUCAAUGACGCGCCUUUUCAAUGUCAAUGGUGAUUUUUCAUUCAAUUUCAUCAUAUUUUCAAAUUUUUUAUAAAUUCCAAAUUUACGAGAUUGUGUUACCGUUAGUUAUCCUUAACUCAAAAAAGCUUUAAAUGUAAGGUUUUGAACAAUAAAUUGCCAAAAAUUUCAAAAUUUCAACUGUGCGCUAAUUGGACUCGAGUUUCUAAUGAGAAAUCUUUUUUUAAUCAAAAGUGUCUAUUGCUCAAAAAAACAAGUGAUUUUUUUCCGAGAUUUAAAAAAAUACGUUUCUCACUUUCCAGCUUAUGAAAUCACUGAAAUGUGGAGAAAAAAAGGUUUUUUUGUCUCUAAAUUUUGAUAGAAAACCCUGAAAAACUAGUUAAUAUUUUUUUGUGACUUCUUCAGUUUUAAAUCUAAUUAUCUAAGGGAUCCCUGCGCUAAUUUUGGCGGACGACAAAGGCAAUGUGAUAAAUCGACAUGGAAAGUCGGCCCUAUUAUCUGAUGUCGACGGAAAUCAUUGUCCCUGGGGGCCUCAAGAGAUCUACGAGCUGACGGAGCACACGAUGUGUCGUCUGCGCGAAGAACCCUCGCUCAUCCUCUUCACAGGUGCCGUCGGACCGUCCGUUCCUCCCAGAGCUCUUUUUGCAGAAGGCUCUCCUGAAGACAUCCAGUUCUCGCUGUCGAUUCUGCGGACCGUUUCCAAGGACCUCAAAAGAGAACGCGAGCAGAUGCAGACGUUGCUCAGAUCAGAACAGGCCAAAAAACGCGAGGAUUUGGAGAACGCCGAAAACGCCAACGACCUCAAAAAGUCGAGCAGCUGCAGGUGCCAGGAACGCUUUUUUGACUCCUUGGACACCGAAUUUCAGCUCUGUUGACUCUGAAUCGUCGCCCGCCAGUAUCCCCGACUCUCUUCAAGUUUUUUAUACUGGCGAGGAUCCCAUUUGUGAUCAUGUGAGUCCGAUCGACUGUUUUUUUUUUUUUUUAGAAAGUUUUUUAUCAUUCCUGGCGAAUCCGGAAAUUCAGAGUUUCGAUGCGAAGUCUCGAAUUUCCUGUGAAUUUAACCAAAGAUUUUCUGAAGAAUAACAGAUAGAAAAAAACUCAAAAAAAUUUGGAAGUUUUAACUCCGAAACUUAAAUUUUGCGCAGGUAGCGACUAACAGAAACAUUCAUUUAUAAAUUCAAACUAAUCGGCCAAAUUAAGAAAAAAAUUAUCACACUGUUAAUAGUUGAAAAAGAAUAUGUACGAUGAAGAGAGUUGAUGAAAAAAAAGUUCGCACACCGCAAAAUUUCUGAUAAUUUUUUUUUUGAUUCAUUUUAUUGGUUGAGAUCAUUAAGCAUAGGAAAAAGUUUUUAAAUAUUCGUUUAUCAGAAUUUUACUCUCACUUGUUUCGUUCUUCAAUUUUUUUUCUUAAAAAUAAAAAUCUUUAGGUUCUGGAAAAAGUGCUAGGUCUGGCUGAGGCCGAACUGCCACUCAUCUGCAUCGUGGACGGCGUGAUCGGCGAGUUGUCUGUCUGUGAAGAUCCCGACGUCAGCGAAACCGUCGUCCGCGCUUUCGUCGAGAAGUUCAAGCAGGGCAAACUUUCCUGGCAGCCUCUCAGCCAAGGGAAAAAAACGAGGUAAAUGUUUUUAAACAGAAAAAUUUAAUUUUUUUUUGUUUUUUGUGAAAAAGAUAGUUAUGUUUCAAUACACCAAACAAAAUUAGAACCAGCUCCAAGAAAAAAAAAACCAUUCAUUGUACUCUGUUCAGCUUUCCUAGCUUCAUCGUUCGACGCUUUCAGAGUUAUCGGACAGUCGCCGGAAUUCCAUGCGAGAUUCUCCAACAGGCCGCCAUCGUCACAUCUCCAUCGCAGCAGUCGAUCCCUUCCAAGUCACAAUAG